GUUUUAUGAUUAACAUAUGCACAUUUUUCCAUACAUCGAAAUGUUUUAACUCGCGUUCAAUUAUCAGUUAUUUGGAGAGGUGGACUACUUUCUAUAAGAAAAGUUUUGUGUUUAAAAAUAUGCUCCAUAUACACUAAAAACAAAUAUAAAGUGAAUUUGAUGUACAUGUAAACAUACAUCAAUGUAUUUUAAGACACAGUCCUUUAGUAAUAGGCUAACUAGAAGAUGUUCAGUAAUAGCAGGCAAACAAUGGCGCUUAGUGUGGUACUAAUCGCCAUACAAAUGAUAUCAUGGACACCAAUAAUGAGUUUACCUCAAGGUGCACCGGAAACGGUGUGCGACACAAUGUUGCCAUUUCACGGUGGAGGCAUUCCGCCUUCUAGUUCUUUACCGCCAUUUCGAAUAGAAACGUCUUCGUCAGCAAUUGGUCAGGGCCAAACGAUGCGUGUGGACAUUGUAGGCGUUCCACCUGGCUUAAGUUUCGGGGGAUUCAUGAUACAGGCACGCAACCGAAACGCACCUCAUCAAAUUGUUGGACAAUUUAAUCCUCCAUCAGACGGUCGGGCCAAACUAAUGAACUGUGAGAACUCAGUUGGAAAUUCAGCAACUCACACCAAUGCGGGACCAAAGCAGUCCGUUAGCUUAGAGUGGCAGUCUCCAGUUGACUUUCUAGGAGAAGUUGUCUUCAACGCUACUGUAGCUCAAGCCUACGAUUCAUUUUGGGUCGGAAUACCAUCGAGCCCUGUGCAGGUUGUGCGGCGAGAGGAUGCCGCCACUUAUCCUCAGACCACCCGACAACCUUAUGCUACACCUCCUCCACGUGGUAUUUACACACCACAAACAGAAACACCGACGGCAACAGCACCGCCAGAAGACCCAUUUUACUCCGAAUGUGGCCGUAGUAAAACUUGUUUUGGUCUUCCGAAUGGCUGCAUCGAAGACAAGUCCUGUAAAUCCUUAUCUGCGAUAACGGUGCGCGGAGAUGUGUAUGAAUUUGAAAUGAAAUCGGGAAGUAAUGGGGCCGCCUAUAUUGCUCUGGGUCUUUCGGAGGAUGCUAAAAUGGGUGAAGAUCUGGUGACUGAGUGUGUACCACAGAACGGCCGAGUGAAUUUAUAUUCGUCCUAUACAUCAGGUUCACCUAAUUAUGGUGCCAGCAGAAGCAACGUGCCUCAAAAUAACGCGCGCUUGCUUCAAUCAUCCGUUAUUGAUGGGGUUAUAUAUUGCAAAGUGCGUAGAGAGGUUAUUACUCAGGUGCAAGGCAAAACAUUUGAUUUGCUAAAUAACAAAUAUUACCUCUUGCUAGCAACGGGCACAGGACUUAAAGAAAAUAGUGUUGGAUAUCACGAUAUUGGACGUUUGCCCUCUGCUGGCCCGAUAAACUUGGCUGUGGUUCAGGAUUUAUCUGGUUCGUCUACACUAUUGCUACGGUUACAUGGUGCUUUCAUGGUGGUGGCCUGGAUCGGCACAACGUCGUUGGGAAUUUUGUUGGCGCGCUAUUUCAAACAAACUUGGGUUGGCAAACAGACAUGUGGAAAGGAUCAAUGGUUUGUUUGGCAUCGUGCUUGUAUGGUCACUACCUGGUCACUGACAAUUGCCGCUUUUAUUAUUAUUUUUGUUGAAAUUGGAGACUGGUCAUCAGAACGUAAUCCGCACGCUAUUCUUGGCACUAUAACGACCAUAAUUUGCUUCAUUCAACCAAUUGGCGCUCUCUUCCGCCCAUCACCAAAUUCCAAAAACCGUCCUCUUUUCAACUGGACCCAUUGGCUAGGAGGAAAUCUGGCCCACAUUUUAUCGAUUGUAACAAUUUUCUUCGCCGUUAAGUUAACCAAGGCAGAGUUGCCCGAAUGGAUGGACUGGAUUCUUGUAGGAUACGUGGUGGUACAUGUAAUCGUUCACUUAAUUUACUCAAUAUUUUUGUGUAUGCAGAUUGCCGGAUGCUCCUCAGAUCGCCAACAUACGCAGCAAGUCAAUGCUUUUCAAAUGAGCGACAUGGGCCACCAUGGUAUGCGCAAUGGUCAUAGGAUGGACCGCAAAAUGGACGCACCGUAUGCCGCUUUUCGCAAGGGACUUCUAGCAGCCUACACUGUAGUUCUGAUACUUUUCGUUGUUGUAUUGGUGGUAAUUGUAGUGCUGGCACCUAUCGAAGAAACGUUCAAUAAACUUACCAACAACUGAACAAUAAUUUGAUCCAUAUAAGGAUCGUUCAACCUAACUCAAAAUGCAAACAUUAAAUACCUACAGAUUCGCUCAAGUCUACAAGACGUUGUACACAUGUAUAAGUGCUAUGUUCGAUCUAAUUCGAACGAUUUGUUUAUGUAGUAAUUAUUUGUGCAUGUACCUCAAAGCAUUUCUAGUAUAAGAUAUUACCAUUUUUACGUACAUACAUACAUAUAUCGAAGUUGUAUUAUUUCAGUUGUUUUACCACGAGAUUUCUUUUAUAUUGUUGAGAUAAUUUAUUUCAAAUAAAAAUAUUUUGUACGAAGAAAUUA